AUGGUAACCGAUAACUUCUCCGGUGGGCACGCGCUAAGGGAUAACCGUUCAGGUGAUGGCCAAGCUAGAGUGGGGCAUGUUAUGCAGAGAAUGCAGAAUACGAACGUUGCUCAGGUUAGGCUACCACUCGCUGUCGAAAACGUCAAUCAGGCUCGUGUGUCGGUUAUCAAUGCUUUAUUGAAUAACUCUAGUCGACAAAUGGAAUUUUUAUCUCGAAUAAAACGACUUGGAGGUCUACUGAUAUAG